GAAUUUCAGUUCCUCAAUUCAGAUUGAUACAGUUGAGUCUUGUUUUGGCAAUAUAAAGAGACAGUUUUACAAUGCUGGUUUUCGCGGGCGUUUUGGUUUUGUGUAUUGCCUCGGUGAAAUCCGUAGGUAUUUGUGAGGGAUUAUUUGGAGUUCAGUGGAAGAUGGACCCUGUAGACUGUUCAAAGUUCUACUGGUGCAUGAAUGGUAGAGAGUAUGAAUUCAAAUGCCCUGCAGACUCCGUGGUCAACCAAGAAAGUCGAUCAUGCGUGCCCAAAGGUUCUUCAUACGACACUUGUACUUUCCAGAGGCCCCAACAGCUUGUUCCUUCAAUAUGCGACAUGAAGGCCCAGACCCGCAUCGCUCACCCAGAGAGCUGCGCUAAAUUCUACGACUGUUCCAACAAGAAAACCAGUGGGGGAGAUCCCGAGGUGGAAGAAUGUAAAUACCCGUUCUUAUUUGAUGAGGAGACCAUGCGGUGCGAGCACUUCAGCACCACAAAGUGUGGAAGGCGGUUCGAACCAAAGAAUCAAUGUGAUUACGAUUCCAACAAAUGCAGAUCUGCUCAUUGCAUUCCGUGCCACAUCCGGUAUCCUAGCUGUGAUGGCUUCGGAGACGGUAUGAACCCCUGGAAAGGUCGCGAAGGUUCUCCCAACUACGUCAUAUGCCAAGAAGGGCGGGUUGUGUACCAAGGAGAGUGCCCGCGAUACGCCGAUACCCAGCAUAUCUUCCACCCGGUCAAAAAGCUCUGUGUAGAUUUUAAAGAAAUGGACAUGUAAAGCAAUAGAUCGUCCCUUUUCUUCCUAAAUCCUCGUUCAUUCGAUUUCCUCCAUCACUUUUAACACAUUUGAUUACAUAGAAUGCAAUGUCUUUUUCUGUGAUUUUCAUUUUCUGUUUUUGUUAAAUGUAUUUCAAGGUCCCGAGACCCAACGGUUGCGUAACAUAGUGUUUGAUGCUACAAUUUAGCAAAGAAAAAACCUUACAAGAGUAGGCUGUUUGAAAAAAAAAAACUGAAUCAAGUUCACACGGUAAUUUGUCUAGAAAUAUCUACAGUUAAUUGUGUACAUACAUUCCCUUCGUAUUUUGUCUUUCACCCAUGUCAGUUCAAAGUCAUACUUUAAGUUUGUAUGAUAUUACAAUGUUACUAUCAAGAAAUCCUAUUAAUUUCACGUUAUCAUAAACAUGUAUAUUUGAAUGUUUUUUCAUUACCUUUGCUUAUGUAAACAAUGUUCUGUUAUUUAUUGAAGUUUGUAACGAUAGCGGGCAGAGCCCAGCUUUUUUAUUAUCAAAUAAAUGAAAUCAUAAAUCUA